GUCGUUGCUCACUUUUCCUCGCCCGGUUUCCGCAACACCUGACGCCUGCGCAAUAGGUCAACUGGGUGUAUUGUGGCGGCCGUCCGGGUAGGUAGUGGUCGUGCCGCGCGCCGCCGGGUCGUUACAGCGAGGCGCAGGUGGUCCCUCCGGCCGGCCGCACGGGUGUGCCUUGGUUCACCAGACCCGGGAAGGGCUGUGAGCAGCCACCAUGUCGAUCUUCACCCCCACCAACCAGAUCCGCCUAACCAAUGUGGCCGUGGUACGGAUGAAGCGCGCCGGGAAGCGCUUCGAAAUCGCCUGCUACAAGAACAAAGUCGUCGGCUGGCGGAGCGGCGUGGAAAAAGACCUUGAUGAAGUUCUACAGACCCACUCAGUGUUUGUAAAUGUUUCUAAAGGUCAAGUUGCAAAGAAGGAAGAUCUGAUCAGUGCAUUUGGAACAGAUGACCAGACAGAAAUCUGUAAGCAGAUUUUGACUAAAGGAGAGGUUCAAGUAUCAGAUAAAGAACGGCAUACACAGCUGGAGCAGAUGUUCAGGGACAUUGCAACCAUUGUGGCCGACAAGUGUGUGAACCCUGAAACAAAGAGACCGUACACUGUUAUCCUUAUAGAGAGAGCCAUGAAGGACAUCCACUAUUCAGUCAAAACCAAUAAAAGUACAAAACAGCAGGCUUUGGAAGUGAUAAAGCAGUUAAAGGAGAAGAUGAAGAUCGAACGUGCUCACAUGAGACUUCGGUUCCUUCUUCCAGUGAAUGAAGGGAAGAAGCUGAAAGAAAAGCUGAAGCCCCUAAUCAAGGUUAUAGAAAGCGAAGACUACAGUCAGCAGUUAGAAAUUGUGUGUCUGAUUGACCCAGGCUGCUUCAGAGAAAUCGAUGAGCUCAUAAAAAAGGAGACAAAAGGCAAAGGUUCUCUGGAAGUGCUCAACCUGAAGGACGUGGAAGAAGGGGAUGAGAAAUUUGAAUGACUCCCGUCAAGCUCUUCAGCUCUAAAACACUAAAGCGUUUUCUUUUCCCACGGUCCUCUUUCCUUUCUGUGGUCUGCCAAACACUUGCUCGGACUGUUUGACGUUUUCCAUCUUUGUGGUAACGUGUACACAAAAAAGACUUUUCUGCUAAAGUAUCACACUGUGGGAUUCAUGUAGUUUUAACGAUAAAGCGGGGUCUGGGGCAAAAAUGAAAAAUCCAGGAUACAAAGGGCAGAGUAGCAUUUUGCUGCUGUCUCUUGACUUGCACUUUCCAACGUGCACGUUAUCUUGGGGGUGAAAAGUUAAGCUUUGUAUAUUAAGAUAAAUGUGAGAAGAUAGGACGAUGUGACAAAAGGGGUAUUUGCUGAAGAAAACAUAACGUCUUAUUUCUGCUUAAUGAAACGUGUGGCCUGAUACAAAGCUUGGAUGGUGACUUCCUGAUUUUGUGAAAAAUAGAUCUAGGACCACUGUGUGGGGCUGAAGUAAGAUUCGCAGAACAUAUGGCUGUACCCUAGAUUAUUCUCGGUAAAGAAUAAAGUCAUUGGUUUCUAAUCCUUAAAGUUUAUAAUAUAUAUUAAUGUAGUUGCAAUUAUAUGUUAUCAAUAAAACCACUCUUUAUUUUUAUUAAA